UUGAUAAUGCAAUUGCCGCCUUUAUCUAAAAAUCUCAGAAGUAGAUAUAAAUGAUCAAGUGGACUAUUACGGAUUAGAAUAUUUAAAGUUCACCUAGGUAAUCCAUUUCGUCUUCCAGCCGAUCAAAAUGUGCCCAUCCAAAGUUUUCGUCAUCUUUGCCUUCGUUUUUGCGGUCAUCCUCGCUCAGUUUGCAAUUGCGGAAUCAUCAGGGUUAUUCGAUGUUGGUCUGGAUGAAGAAGAAGUAAAAAUAAAUGAUGACCAGAAACCAUCAGUGUCAUUUGCCGGAGGUUUCAAUGAAUCGCCAGGUGCAAAAGAAAGAGCGAACGAAAUAUUCUCUGGGAAGUUGGGCAAAUGUGCCAAGGAGAACUCACUAUGCAACCGAAAAAAAUGCUGUCCCCACCUCAAUUGCGUACGAAGUGAAUUAUUCUAUUUUUGGUCUUUUUGUCGAAAAGCGUGAUAAAGAAAUGAAUACUCAAAUAAAACAAUCAUUAGCAUUAUAA